AACGGUAGGCUAUUCUUUAUUUUUCAACAUACUGAAGGUGCAUGCUUUAGCAUUCUCAUUUAAUUAGCUUGGAGUUAUUUCAAUGGGUUAUGCAAUCCAUUAACGAAACGCAUGUAAUUGUCUACAAUGGAAAUGUCAGUCUAUCACCGACAUGACAGUCUAUAAAGCUAAGCAAUCAGAUAUUAUAACGACGAUCAUUUUUAAACCUAUCAGACGUCUUUCUGGGGAAAAAGUAGGCUGCAGUUUAGAAUGGACAACUAUGAGCAGCCUUUAGUGGUGAAAAUGCGCUGCUGCGAUUGGAAGAGAGCCUCGGAUUGAUAUUGAUUUGUGGCCAAUAGGAGCGCAGUGGGUGAAUGACCGGCUUAAGUUUAAGGGGGCGUAAGGGAGCGAUCUGCCAGUCCACUGAUAAAAGCAGAUCGUCUGUGAUAAACACAGAAAACAGAAAGAAAGCUGCGCACCAUUUGGGACGUCGCGCCAAGAUGCACCAAAAGGCUUCCCUCUUUAUCAGGAAAAUCGUUUAAGACUUCACGUUCGCCACACUUGCAUUAGACGAAUACAUCUUUUCAUGGGAAUUUUCAGUUGCAGGUUAUAUAGAAAAAGUAGAACUCCAGUUUUAUUUUUCUAUUUGCAUUUCGCCGCGCUGAACUUCGCUUGAAAUUAUAGACGGUGAGAUUAACUUUUGUUUAUUUUUUUUUUCUUUUAACCUGCAUAUAUAACAUAUAUAGUUACUUGUCCGUGCAUGUAAUAUUGGUCCUAACAGAAAGAAUCUGCUAAGAAGUUAUGUUGCUGGACGCUGGUCAUCAGUUUCCUGGUUUGGGAGUUGGUACAUUUACUAGGCAUCACUCCGCGAGCGAAAUGCAGGACAGGGAUCUGAGUUUAGCACAGAACAGCUUUGUUGAUUCUGCACACAUGGGUGCGUUUAAAUUGAACCACGACCUCUCGCCGGGACAGAGCUCCGUUUUCACUUCGCAGGCACCGGGUUACGCGGCUGCGGCUUUGGGGCCUCACGCCCAUGUCACCUCGUACGCCAGUUCACCCUUCAACUCCACACGGGACUUUCUCUUUCGCAGCCGCGGCUUCGGAGAUUCGUCUCCGGCGAGCAGCCAACAUGCUAUUUUCGGGCCCGCAGCGGGGUCCCUCCAUCACCCCCAUUCAGACAGUCAAGGCCAUAUAUUGUUUCCUGGGAUCCACGAUCAGCAUGGAGCGCACAGCACACCAGCUGUAUUAAACGGACAAAUGCGACUUGGACUACCAGGAGACGUUUUUGGGCGGACUGAUCAGUAUCACCAGGUGUCCAGUCCGAGGACCGACCCUUACUCCACUGCUCCACUGCACAGUCAGUUUGGCUCCAUGAACAUGAACAUGAGCAUGAACAUGUCAGCCCAUCAUCACCCCGGUGCCUUCUUCCGAUAUAUGAGGCAGCAGUGCAUCAAACAGGAGCUUAUCUGCAAGUGGAUUGACCCCGAGCAGCUGAACAGUCCGAAAAAGAGUUGCAAUAAAACUUUCAGCACCAUGCACGAGCUGGUUACCCACGUCUCGGUCGAGCACGUAGGAGGACCCGAGCAAUGCAACCACAUCUGUUUUUGGGAAGAGUGUCCCAGAGAAAGCAAACCAUUUAAAGCGAAAUAUAAACUCGUUAAUCACAUUCGGGUCCAUACCGGAGAGAAGCCUUUCCCCUGUCCCUUCCCUGGAUGUGGCAAGGUUUUUGCGCGCUCGGAAAACUUAAAGAUACACAAGCGGACGCAUACAGGCGAGAAACCAUUUCAGUGUGAGUUUGAGGGCUGCGACAGGCGCUUCGCAAAUAGCAGCGACCGGAAGAAGCACAUGCACGUGCACACGUCGGACAAGCCGUAUCUUUGCAAAAUGUGUGAUAAAUCGUACACUCACCCCAGCUCCCUGAGAAAGCACAUGAAGGUUCACGAAAACUCUUCAGCCUCUGACUCCUCGCCUGCAGCCAGCUCUGGCUAUGAGUCAUCGACGCCCCCUGGUUUGGUUUCCCCAUCCACCGAAACCCAAAGCAACACCACUUUGUCGCCUGCAUCCACGGCUCACAAUAACGCCGGGCAGAACACCCUGUCGUCAAAUUUCAGUGAAUGGUACGUUUAGGUCAGAGAUGCAGAAUCCAGAACUAAACAACACAAAACAACCACGUGUAUAAUAAGCGUAUAUAAAGAUAUGUACACCCAAUGGGCGUGGCAAUGCGAUAGAAGCCACUCUGAUGGACUUGUUGCUACAGCAGUCAAAUGAAGAAGCAUAUUUAUUCAUCGUUUUGUAAAUAAGAGUCUGUGAUUUCUCGUUCUCCACUUCAUGGCAGUGAUAAACCUCGUUCACAUUUGUAUGAAUGUUCCUUCAACGGUAGCUAUUCAUAUGAACUUUUAGUGCAAAUAUACGAGAUCUUUUCUACUCCGACAUUUUCAGUUACACUAACAUCUAACAUAAACUAGUACUUGAUUUCAGCUUUACAACUUUAAACUGGAUUUUCAGUGCCAAAGUUAACAUUUAACUGUUAAUGUGAAUGUAUAUUUAAUUUGCCGGGUUUACCUUGUGAUGUUUUGUGCUUUAAGAGUUUGAAUAUAAUAUCUGGAAGAUUUUGAGAAAGAUAUACGUUGUAUUGUAACGUGUUGUUACAUUUUCUGGAGUCACGCCUUUUCUUUUGUAAAUAUCAACUGCCAUAUUUAUCAGUUUGUAAUUAAAUUAUGGUAUUUACUUGAUACAGAUUAAACGAUAUUUAUAUAAAAAGUUUCUUUAUGACUGAAAUGUACAAUUAUGAGCAAAACACACGCUGAUGUUUUAUGUUGUUAGUCUGACAUGUGUUUUCUCCAUUCUCGUGAUACGUUUUAAGAAUUUUAUUGUAUACAGAGAUAUAAUAAAACGUGUUGCAAGUGGUCAGUUAUUGUUGCAUUUAUCCUUUAUUUUAAACCAGUCAGUAGCUCGUAUUUCAAAACCAAAUUGCACAUAAUUACAUUCAUUCUACAUAAAAUGUUAAGGUUUGCAGGCAACGAUUCAUUUACGAAGAAAUACAAAUACAUAUACUGUAUAUCCUUGUUAAUUCAGAAACAAUCGAUCUGCAGUAUAUGUUAGAUUGACCGCAAAUACAGCCUGACUAUUAUGAAUACUUAGAUAUUUAGUAAGUGCUGGUACUUUAGUGACGGUAUCAUGUUAUUCUUAACCUGCAGUCAAGCUCGAGUUUGCGACCGUAAUAUUUCAUAUAUAAGUAUCUAUGAAUUGAAACGGCGAUCGAAGUUGGUCAGCCGAAAGAAAACUUUCUGAAGGGUACGGCCUCCUCCGGGUCGCUGCCUCUGGUUUUCCAACGGCUGUCGAUAAACUUGAACUUGACAUUGGUGUGAGUUUGUCUGCAGCGUGGUAGACUACAAAAGGUGUCUAUGUGGUCAGAUGCUGUAUUAUGUACUGCUAUGGUUUUUUAGUUGCCAGCAUGCAUUGUUUCUGUGAACAUAAGCAAGUUGUUAAGAGAAAUUACCCACAUUUACAGGAGCACUUUGUCUUUCUGCUUAUUCCGUCUGAGUACGUUUAGCAGAGCCUCGUAAAAAUGUCUGGUAAUAUUAAAUUAUAACUCAUCAAAUGUGCUUGUGUCUAAAAAAAGGGGCAUUUUCAAGCCUCGCUGUAUUUGGUUCAUAUGCUUUUCAUUAAAGUGAACGAUAUUCGC